AUGCUGCUGAUCAUCGUGGACGCCUACAGCAAGUGGAUGGAGGUUAAGGUCACCAGCUCGACUACGACCACAGCAACCACAACAAUCCUCGAUGAACUAUUUGCAGCCUAUGGGGCUCCAGUCACUGUCGUAUCAGAUAAUGGACGACAAUUUGUAUCUGAAGAAUUUCAGCAAUCCUUACGUCAAAGUGGAGUUAAACAUCACAAGCUGUCAGCACCGUAUCACCCAGCCACCCAUGGCCAAGCGGAUAGGUACGUCCAGACAGUCAAGGAUUUUCUACAGAAAAUAGGAACUACAACAGGCUCUCUUCAACGCAACCUAAAUGAGUUUUUGAGGCAGUACAGGAAGGCUCCGCACUCUACUACAAGACAACCUUCUGUUCAACUUUUCUUAAACCAAGUGCUUCGAACUCAACUGGAUCUGGUCAGACCAGACUCAACUAAAACUCGCAUUACCAAGAAACAGCAAACAACUUCCAACUCAACUUUUAGAGUGUUCAAGGAAGGACAAUCAGUCUAUUUCAUCUCGGGUAACGCUCGCUUAAACAAGUGGAUCCCAGCAGUUAUCGUCAAGAGACUUGGUGAUCUACACUACGAAAUUCAAGGCAAUGAAAGAAUUCACAAACGCCACGUGGACCAGAUCCGAGCACAUCAUGAGAAGCUUGGGAUUCCAGAGGAAAGAGCAGAAGAGCCGUUAACCAGUCCAGCAGCGACAGACAACGAUAAACACCAUAUACGUUACUAUAAACAGUCAGCUGUUCUGCUUCAACCGGACAACCAGCAGCCGCCCCCAGAGGUCCAGAUACCUGCAACACCACCAAGGACUUCACCACAAAGGACACCACCACAAAGAGCUCCCACUCCCGAGAAUGACCGUGCGCCGAUCAGAGAGGAACCGGAGACCACCGCAGCGUUAUACUCCCUAGUAUAUUUGAAUCUUUAA